UGUGCCUAUAAUCCCCUCUCUCUGGGCGCCAGCAUAUAAAAGCGACCCGGGGGGCCUGUCGCACCCUCACACAGACCACCAGUCUCAGCCCAGAAUCUGCACCUUCACGCACACACUGCACAGUCAAUAUGUCUGCUGGAGGAGAGAAAUCCAAGUCUGCUUCCCAGACUGAUGGGAAGGCAGCUCACAACAAGAUGUCUGAUCCGGGCAUGAUGGCUCACAAGAUGUGUGUGUAUGACCAGGAGAACUUCCAGGGCCGCUGCAUCGAGAUCAACGGCGAGUGUAUGAACGUGUGUGACAUGGGAAUGGACAGGGUGCGCUCUCUGCGCGUUUCCUGCGGACCCUUCGUGGGCUUCGAACAGAUGAACUUCUGCGGAGAGAUGUUCAUCCUGGAGAAGGGCGAGUAUCCCCGCUGGGACUCCUGGAGCAACUGUCAGAAGAACGACUACCUGCUGUCCUUCAGGCCAGUCCGCAUGGACCCGGAGAAGCACAAGAUCUGCCUGCAUGAGGUUGGAGAGUUCAAGGGCCGUAAAAUGGAGAUUAUGGACGAUGACGUCCCCAGCUUGUUUUCCUAUGGUUUUACCGACAGAGUGGGAAGCAUCAUGGUCAGCUGUGGAACCUGGGUGGGCUACCAGUUUCCCGGCUACCGUGGCAGCCAGUACCUGCUCGAGAAGGGCGAAUACAGGCAUUUCAACGAGUUUGGCGCCCGCUGCCCCCAGAUGCAGUCCAUCAGGCGCAUUCGUGACAUGCAGUGGCACCCACAUGGCUGCUACACCAUGUCCUCCAAGUGAAAUCCGGCGGGGGCGAGAAAGAGAGGGAGCGGAGAGACGGAGGCCGAGGCCGAGGUCGGCCACAGAGACGGAGGGAGGGCAAAGAAAGAGAGGAGGAGGGAGAGGCUGUAAUGCUUCCUCCUUCAUCCCCCAAAUCCCAUGGCUGUUUGAAUGCAGGAUAGAGGAAAUUAUUUGUUGUUAUUUUUUGUUUUUGCAACAUGGUGAUCUAGUGAGCAGUUAAAAAGUUACUCAAAGAGAAGGAGGAGAUAAUUACACGGGCCGCUGGGACUAGACCUAUUAAUAAACGCUCUCUCCAUGUUUGCGCUCGCUCUCUGUGAGCUCCGCUCUCCCUACUUUCCUCUUUCUCCUCCCCUCACACACAAUUCUCUUUCCCACCAACGUCAGCCCUCAGCCAGCCGAUUAGAGCAUCAACCGGAGGGGGAGAUUUGUGUGCGUUUGUGUGGUGAGGGAAUCUUUGACCAACAAAUUCUCCAACAAGAAAAGUAUUGGCAAGUAUUCUGUGCCGAGAUCCUGCUGCCAUCAAGCCUAAACCCCAAUAAAGCAUUUCACAUCCUACUCCA